ACACCGGAAGUGUAACAUUCGGUGAAGCAAGAAAACAGAAACCCAUGUGGCUCGGCUCUAAAUUACUUAUUAUUAUUAUUACGUGUUUGAAAGUGAUUUUUAGCUGCUGUCGAGCUGCCUUUAAACACUCCCUUCUUUACAGUCACCAUUACUCUUCUCUGUCUUUCAAGCUGGCGAAGGAACCUGAAGCUCACCAUUGAUAAUGUCACAGGCCACCAAACGCAAGCAUGUUGUGUAUGAAGUUCUUGGAGACUUUGUCCUGCCCACUGAGAACCAGCAGAUAGUGAAGGUUACUGGUAGCCGUGGUAACAACCUCCAUGAAGCUGUCACGGCGCAGGGUGUGACGUUCCUGGUGAGCAUGCCCCCCAAGUUCCGCAAGAACCUCUGGAUCAAGAGAGGUGACUUUGUGAUUGUGGAUCCCAUUGAGGAAGGAGAGAAGGUGAAGGCAGAGAUCAGCUUCAUUCUCUACAAAGAUCACAUUCAGAACCUUAAAAAGCAAAAGCUCUGGCCGGAGGGGUUCACAGAGGAGCUGCUGGAGCCGGAAAGGACAAAAAAAGGGCAGGAAAAGGGGGAAGAAACAGAGGAGAAAGACGAAGAAGACUUCAGUGACUCUGAGGAUGACGAGAGCGAUCUCUUUGUAAACACCAACCGCUGUAACUACCAGUACAUUGAGAGCGAAGAGGAGGACAGUGAUGAGGAAGGAGAAGAUGGCAAAGAGGAAAGGACAGAAAAUGGUUUGUAGUGGCAGAGCUGAGGAGGACACGGACAAUCACGAGGAGCAACGAGAGCUCUUAAAAAUAACAGUCAGCACCCUGCGGAUAUCGCUGACUAAGUGAUGAUGAUCUGACAUCUCAAUCCUCAUGCAACAGCUGCAUAUCAAACUUUGACUGAAAUUGAAAAGAAUGCUGUAUUACUUCAUCAUCACUUUCUACUGUACUCUCAUUGUCUCACUGAAAAUGACCUCCAGUGCAGCCUGAACUUUAUUAGCAAUAUAACAGGUGAUACUGUUCAUAUGCAGGAAUGAUGUAUAUGUAAACUGUUUAUUGAAUCAUACCCCAUAGGAUGAAUAAAAUCAGUUAGACACUCACACAAAUGAAAGACUCAAAACUUUGGCACAUUGACAGAACACUUAAGUUUUGAUGUUGUUAUUUUAGUAAAUGAGUUGGGUGUGUUGUUUAAACGCCCUUCCAGUUCGGCCACUCCUCAGGAGAUCAUUGUGUGGACUUCUGCCGCUCCUUUAAUGAGGUCCUAGUAUUCAUUUUCAGCUUGAUCUUAAACUGUUGUACUUGAUAAGCUGCCAA